AUGGACCGUCAAACACCCAGUUUCCUGGGUCUCCCACGAGAAAUCCGAGAUGAAGUCUACAAGUAUCUACUCCUGUUCGAGCCUACUCCCAAAACAACCAGCCUGACCCCGCUGGCGCGAGCGAUGCUCAUGGCGCAACGCGACAAACCCGUGUUCCGUAAACCCGUGUCGGUUCAGAAUGCAAUUCUCUGCGUGAAUAAACAAAUUCAUGACGAGGCUGCGGAAAUAUUUUACGGAUUUAACACUUUUGCGGUCAGAAUCAAGUCGGUAAAUCAUUCCGGGUUUCAGGAUUAUCGGCAUCCUAGGUUCCAAAGAUUUAAUCUUAUCUAUAUUGCGCCGUGGGAAUCUUUGACUUUCGAUUGUAGGGCUAAGAGUCCGUGGGAGGACCCUGCAGGUGAAUGGGGCCACGGCUUGGGUAUAAGGCGGUCAGAGGGUACAAUAUUACCAUUUGAAUCUGAAAACGAAGGGUAUGUUCGGCGCUUUUUGUAG